GUGGCGACAUCGGAGUUUGAUCAUUUACAAAAAGAAGCUACUUCAUGGCGCCGCUCAGGCUCGUUUUGGACGCAUUCACUUGCGACCGGGUCCUCUUCGCCGGCGGCGCUGUGAGAUUCAGCUCAUCCACCUCCCUCGUAGAAGUAGAUCUCGCAGCUUUCCUGGGGCCGUUCUCGCCAGCUCGCCUUAUCUCAGCUACUUCCCCGACCUGCAGAGCCGUCUUGGCUGGUGCAACCGGCUCCUGCCGCCCCUUGACCUCUUGGAUGGUCCCAUCACUGGAGACGGCAAUGGCAAAGGGCUCGCUCCAUGCUCCCCAUCGCC